AUGGUUGCCACGAGAAGCCACCAAGUGCCUGCGCCCGCGAUCACACUGAAACCACGCAACCCGCUCCCCGCGCAUGCUUGGCAGACGGCAGACGACAACGCGACCAGCAGACGACAAAUAUGUCGGUCGCGGACAUCGACGGUGUCCAGACUGAAAUUUUUUCCCAUCGUGGACGAGUUUGGAGUUAUCGUCUUUGACGGCGACGCCGAACUCUACACUACCACAGAUGGGAGACAACUGCGGGUAGUUUGUACGUCGGGUCGUCUUGCCAAUGCUGACCCGACAAACGAGCAUGUCAUGCAGGCUAUGCCUACAACGCAGACAACACCGCCAAACCAUGCUGAGCCGACGACGCAAGCGUCCGCUGCCGCUGCCGCUGCGCUUUCUCCGGGUCGUGCGCGUCGCGACGACUCGGAAGAAGCUCUAUGGAGCGGUCGGAGGACUAGAUUUUUUGUUGAAAAAUAUAAGGAGAAUUUCACAAACAUCGGCAAGAAAGGAGGACUGAGGAACAAAAAGCAGCUGUUCCUAUACUUGACGGAUGCCCUGAAUGAGGAGUUCGAGUGCUCGUUGAGUGUGCUCCAAGUGACAAAUAAGUGGAAAUCACUUGAAAGGGCUCACAAAAGAACCCGAGAAAACAAUCGGAAGUCCGGCAGCGGAACUUUGGAGUGUAGGUUUGAAGAAGAGAUGGCAGACAUCAUGGAUAAACAACACCAUGUUAGCCCAAUCAUGACUUACACACAGGGGCGCAAAAUGGUCCGAGAGGACAAGGAAACAGAACCAGAGGCUCGAGUGCAAGCUGCAGCCCCAGCCAGCCAGGAGUCUAGUGCUGCGGAAAAGAAGUGCAGAAGCGUAAGGCGAAAGAUCCGCCUUUGGUGCAGCUGCUGCAGAAGCUCGAAGAGAUUGAAAAAAGCAGGGCUGCUCGACACAGAGAAAAUGGCCCUGCUGGAACGUUUUGUGACAGCGUGCCAGGAGCUGUCACCAGUAGGAAGAAACAGCAUAGACGAACAGAUGAUCCAUUUUAUUGGUCGCGUCGCUGCAAAGCAGUUCGUGAAAAACAAGCCGAACCCGGAAGGCAUCAAGCUGUUUAUCAGAUGCAGCUCUGAUGGUGUCACUCAUGAUUUUGAGCUGUAUCAAGGAAAAGGCACCGGGUUUCAGAAACAGGUCCUGCGGCAGAUGCAGGUGAUGCGGCUUAUCAAGGAACAGGUGCAUGGCCGCUUAGACCAUGCUCAGCCAACACAAAGGUGUCCAGAGACACCUUUGUGUUGA